GCUUUGGGCAGCUCUCCCACUGGCCGGACUCUCGGGUGGAGUGGCCACAGGCACGGACGCGGGUUGGUCAAUGGCAGCAGCUUAAUCACUCUAGCGCAUGCACGCGGCAGGGAUGAGGGGAAGCUCGAUAGCGCUUAUCUCCGGGGUCGCUGCAGCCGUCUUCCCACUUUCUUCCCCAUCGCCUCGCUUGUCCCGUGCUUGCAUAGGCGACCGAGACUCGGACGCAAACCACCCCCGAAAACGUGCAAUCCGUCUUGUAGACCCGGGAGGCCAGGCAGGACCGCAGUGGGACUGCGAUCAACUGCCUCUAGUACUGCCGAACUUGGGUGACAGCUCGGCGCUGCUCAUCCGGAUCCUGGCAACAAGCUUCCUUGGCCAAAGCUUGGUCGCGCGAGCCAAAGGCGCCAGUCCCUCCGCCACGCGGCGAUAUUACUGGCACACACUCGUCCCAUGAAUUGCGCCCGCAUGCAAGGAACAGAAGCCCCGAAGAAGCUGUCGAACGCUGGACCGGGAUGGGACCAGGAUCAGGCAACUAUGAUAGCCGACGUGAGCCAAUUAGUACAGAGGGUC